UGUGCUGUUUACGUUGUUUGUUGAUACAGUUAUUUCCUUUGAAUACGAAAGUGCUUUUUCAAAAAAUUAAGAAAAAAAUAGUUACAAAUAAAUUUUUAAUCCUCCGCUAAAAUGGCCACUCUUGUGCAAGCUUUACUGUUUAUGUGUCUGUGCUACCAGAAUUUAUGGAUUACUUAUGGCGCUACACUUUCUCCUCUGCGAAUAAGUCAUCCUGUGAAAUCGCAACAAAGAAAUAAUGAAUAUCUACCACCCUUCACGACGGAGGCGGAAAAUAUUGUUGAGAAAUCCAUCAACUACAGUUCCAACACAAUCCGACCACCUACCACAUACCAAACACAGCAAGCGAACAAAAUCCACCAGCCAACACAACAGUUUGCCAGCAAAAACUUAAGUAACACACAGCAAGCCACAAAAAAUCUCUACACUUCAUAUGCAGCACCGGCCUCCGGCUCGGCACCAUUUUUAUACUCGCAACCGCUGGCCGCCAAUCAAGUUCCGUUGCCCACGCUCUUUCCCAAGUCCUUGGUGGAGCACCUCUCACCAGCUGCACAAACGCCAACGCAAAUGCAAAUGCAACAGCUACAACAACGGCAACAACAACAGCAGCAACAGCAGCUACAAAAACAACAGCAAUCGUUAUACACUGAUUAUACGAAGCAAUUAACCAGCGAUCUGCCACUCGCCAAUACACCGUUGCUCAUGGUCGAAGAGCCCACAUCGUCCCUGCUGACGCCUAGUCAAAAUCUCACCUUGGAGGCAGCGCGUAUUUUAGCAUCCACCCUAUUGGAAGCCAAUGGUGAAGCGCCGCUAGAAACACCUGGCCUGGCGCCGCUGUCGAAUCCCAGCGCCUUGGAACUGCCAAAUAAGCUCAACAGCACCGAUGUUUUGAUCUUGAAAUCGCAGAAGAACGCCUACAUCAUACCAGCGCCGUUGGCCAAAGAUGCCAGAAACCCGACCAACGCACGAGCGCUCUAUCAAAUGCGCGAUCAAUUGGACAAAGCUUACACCAUAAAUCAAUUUGUGUUCAUCAUAAAACCGGAGCGAAUCAAUUUCUUGAAUAAAUUGGUUUAGCGCCAUGGCGAUUUGAUUAAUUGACUUAUUGCGCAAGCGUCAGUGCCGUUUACUUUUUGUUCGUUUAAGUGUCAUACAUAUGUUACUUUAGUAUUAUUGUUGUUGUUUAUAAUUAGUAUUGUUAUUUGUUAGUAUUAAAACAUUAUAAAAUAAGUAUAUUAAGCGUGAAAAUUGGUCCAUUUA